AUGUGCACCAACAUCGUUUACGAGUGGCUGAAGACCCUGAAGCUCUCGCAGUACGCCGAGUCCUUUGUGGAUAAUGGCUACGACGACCUGGAGGUGUGCAAACAAAUCGGGGACCCAGACCUGGAUGCGAUCGGGGUCACGGUGUCACAGCACCGGCGCCGGCUCCUGGAUGCCGUGCAGAGGCUGAAAGAGGAGGACGAGAGGAACGCCGGGCUUUACUUCACCUUGGAGCCUCAGCCCCCGCGGCGGGGCUCGCCCUCGCCGGAGAUCUACACCAGCCACCUGGUGGAGCAAUACGAGGCCAAGACUUGGAAGGACAAUCGCCAUCCACCUCCCGGGAAUAGGGGGGUCCCUAAGAAAAUGCGUCCCCGCAGCAAGGAGCUGUUUACUUAUCCCAAACUCAAACUGAAAAUCAUGAUUAGGGAUAAACUAAUUCGGGAUGGGAUCAAUCUCAGCAAGCCCCCGUACUCCAACAAGCUGAAAGGCUGUAUUACUGCUUCUUCUGAUUGGAAUGGUGUAACUGGUGUCCUGCGCUAG